GAAUUACUGAAACUUAAGAUACCAUUUCAUUUACUACUUGGUAAAGCCCAAUCCUGUCUUCCUCCAUUCAUUGCUAAGGAAAGUGUCUCAGUUGUUGUGUGUGACUUCUCUCCAUUGAGAGUUCCUCUUGGAUGGGUAAAGGAAACUGGGGCUGAACUGGAUAAAAUUAAAGUACCAUUAGUCCAGGUGGAUGCACACAACAUAGUGCCAGUAUGGCUGGCAUCUGAUAAACAGGAAUAUGCUGCUAGGACCAUCCGUAAUAAAAUACACAAGUUUCUGCCAGAAUUCCUAACAGAGUUCCCUCCUGUUACUGUCCAUACUCAUAACUCUAAGCUAACAAUGAAAUCAACUAAUUGGAUUAAAGCAAAGGAGAGCCUUGAAAUUGAUAUGACAGUCAGUGAAGUCUCAUGGGUUACUCCUGGGACAUGUAAUACAUGUAAUACAUGUAAUCAAAAACAACAUUAGAUCUACAUAUAUCCAUAUUAAAGGGGAGGAGUACUAUACUCUACCCAUUAAUCUUAAGGUGGCAAAAUGCAUGCAAUCAUAUGCAUCAUUUUCACAAAAUUCAGAUUCUUAUCAAUACAUGUAAUCAAAAACAACAUUAGAUCUGCAUUAAUUUAUUUAACUUCAUUCUGUUCCAGUGUCAACAC